ACUGCACGAAUGGGUUUAGAUUCGCUGAUCUGUAGAACACAAACACACGUCAGCGUUGCGUGCGUAUGUUUUAUAGAUCAUAUCGAAUGCGGGCCUAAUUUGACAGCACGAUUCAGCCAUUCCAUUGGGUUUUAACGAUUGAGUGGCGCAUUAAAAUAGAAUCUCUCAUUCAGGAUAUGAUAACUGUACACCCACACUGAAAUGAGUAUCAGAGAUAAAGAGCUUAAUAUACAUUUCAAACCCGGGCACGUUGAGGUUGUUCAGGAUGAUGUUUACACACCAUACCGGCGUGUGCUUGUGACUGGUGCAACAGGGCUACUGGGCCGUGCUGUUUAUAAAGAGUUCAAGAACAAUGACUGGGAUACUUUGGGAUGUGGCUUCAAUCGUGCCCGGCCUUGUUUUCUGAAGUGUAAUCUCUUAGAUGAAGAUGCCGUGCGAGGGGUCAUUCAGAGCUUUCAGCCUCAUGUCAUUGUGCACUGUGCUGCUGAAAGGAGGCCAGACGUGGUGGAGCAUCAUACUGAAGCAGCCAUGAACCUGAAUGUGCAUGCAUGCACUACUCUGGCCAAAGAAGCAGGUAGCAUCUUCCUCAUAUACAUCAGCACAGAUUACGUUUUUGAUGGACGUAAUCCUCCUUAUGGGGAAAACGAUGCCCCCAAUCCUUUGAAUUUGUAUGGGAAGUCCAAGCUAGAGGGUGAGAGGGAGAUUCUCAGACACUGCCCAGGGGCAGCUAUACUGCGAGUGCCCAUUCUCUAUGGAGAGGUGGAGAAGGUUGAAGAGAGCGCAGUGACCGUUUUGUGGGACCGAGUUCAGGAGGGAGCCGAGAGUUGCGCCAUAGAACAUUGUCAGCAACGCUUCCCCACCUUCACUAAAGAUGUGGCACGUGUCUGUCGGAACAUGGCUGAGCGAGCCCUUCAGGAUCCAUCCUUGCGUGGAAUCUUCCAUUACUCUGCCAAAGAGCAGAUGACCAAAUAUGAGAUUGCCUGUGCAAUAGCAGAUGCUUUCAACUUGCCUAGCAGUCAUCUAAUACCAAUGACAGAGCAGCCUGCUGGAGCAGGGGCUCAGAGGCCACAAAAUGCCCAGUUAGACUGCUCACGUCUGGAGCUCCUCGGCCUGAGUGUGGAGCCUGUCCCUUUCAAGACUGCCAUAAGGGACAGCCUAUGGCCCUUCCAGCAUGACAAACGAUGGAGGCAGACCGUCUUUCAUUAAAGCAACGACUAUAUUCCAAACUCCAGAAGGAAAUUUGUCCACACAUUUAAACGUUUAGCAUUUAAUUAUUUCACAGCAACAAUAAUUCUGAUAAAAAUGAUCCUCGCUUUGCACAAGUCCAGCUGCUUUGUUUAAUGUCGAAGUAUACAUUUGUUAUAGCCAAUAGGUAUUUCACCUUUGUGUUUUUGUGUUAAUUGCACUAUAUAUUAAUAUAUAAUAUAUAGUCCUCAACUGGGCUUUGUGUUUCUUUCCUGUACUAAUUAAUGUAAAUGACAAGUUGAAGACAGGAAUGUUUGAUAAAGGAACAGAUGAUAUGCUCAAUUUCUGUUGUUCCCGCUCUCUUUUUUUUUUAAAUAAAUAAAAAUAACAAUAAA